GGUCAGACAGAGUGGCCUACGAUGAAGGCGCUGAAACUUGAAAACAUGAGCAAAGCCUUAAACUCCAGGCUGCUGUGUUCGGUGUGUAAGCGUGAAUUCAGGAGUCUGCCGGCGUUAAACGGACACAUGCGCUCUCACAGCAGCUUCAGAGCUCCCUCAGGGAUCGAUAAGGUUGGUGACUCCUCCCCCCUGGACAGUCCCUCUGUUUCCAUGGUGAUACCUGUCUCAGUUCCUGUCCAAUCAGACAGAGGCGAUAGCAGAUGUAGUCCGGCCAGAGGGGGCGCUGUGCUGUACCACAGUCUGAUGCAUCAUAAAAAAGAAGACGCUGAUGGCAAUGACGGCGCAGGUCACUACAUCCCGCCCCCCAUGCUGUGUCCAAUCAGGGCAGGGCCAGGGCUCUACUGCUCCCUCACCACCAGGAGGCAGCAGAGAGCUCAGACGGUGGCGCUCCAGAACGAAUGCAGUGGACCCAGUGAUGUUGUUACCAUGGAGACAGCAUCUACUCCUCGAAGGACAGUGAAGACCACCAUUCAGCCGCAGAUCAAUGUGGGGCGGAGCUUCCAGGCUGAGAUCCCUCCUCUACAGCGACUACAGAAUGUUCACUCAGACUCCCAUGAUGCACUGCUGCUGUGGAUGCCCAUAAAAGAGCUGGAGCUUCCUGUCAAUCAGCGGAGAGUUAAUGCUCUGCUGAUGAUGGCGUGCUCUAGUGUCAUGCCAGGGGGCGGAGCCUGCCAAGAGACCGCUCUCCAUGUCCUAUCAGAGUGCAGAGGAGACUUUCUGAUGACGUUGGAGUCGCUGCUGUCCACUCCUAAAACCCCUAACAAGCUCACAGCCCAAAAGAUCCCAGGAGUUUGCUGGAGUCCAUCAGAGAGGAGGUUGUUGGUUAAAUCUCUGCGGCUUCAUGACAAAGACUUUAGAAAGAUCCAGAAAACUGUUCAGACCAAGUCUCUCUCUCAGUGCAUUGAGUUUUAUUAUCGCUGGAAGAAAAAGAUGAAUCUGAGCGCCAGGACCCCGGCCGGGCUGACCGUCACUCUGCCCAACACAAAAAAAUCCAGACCUUCCAGAUCAUCUUCAUAUUAUCUAUGGUCAGAGAUCCUCAAAAUCCCAUGAUGCACCAUGAACCAUCGGUGUGUUCACUCCUGUUGCUCCACACUACGACUCUGCUGUUGUUGUAAUACAAAUAUCUUUAACUGGUUAGACUGUAGUGUGUCUUUGACUGUCCAAUCAGAAGCCUGAUGUCUAAAAUGUUUUUAAAUAAAGUUUAAAAUAAAAAAGA